UCAAAGUUGAAAUCUUAACCAACCGUGGAGUGUGUUGUAUAUAAAACACAUUGGGUUGAAAGUUCACUGCAUUCUCUUCAUCCAACAUGUCAGCUCCCUUGCGUUUUGACGGAAAGGUUGUUUUAGUGACUGGCGCUGGAAAUGGACUGGGACGUGAUUACGCCUUGGCCUUUGCUGAACGUGGAGCAUCAGUAGUCGUAAACGACUUGGGAGGAAAUUUCAAGGGGGAAGGAAAGAGUUCCCGUGCUGCUGACAUAGUGGUGGAGGAAAUCCGGGCUAAAGGAGGAAAAGCUGUUGCUAACUAUGACUCGGUGGAAGAGGGAGAGAAGCUGGUAAGAACAGCCCUGGAGAAUUUUGGUCGCAUUGAUGUAGUUGUAAACAAUGCUGGAAUCCUGAGGGAUCGUUCCUUUGCUCGGAUCAGUGACCAGGACUGGGACUUGAUUCACAAAGUCCACCUGAGGGGCUCCUUCCAAGUGACUCGGGCAGCAUGGCCUCACAUGAAAAAGAACAACUAUGGAAGAAUCAUCAUGGUGGCCUCUGCUGCUGGUAUCUAUGGCAACUUCGGACAGGCUAACUACAGCGCAGCCAAGCUCGGACUUCUGGGACUGGGGAAUACUCUGGCCAUCGAGGGGAAGAAGAGCAACAUCUUUUGUAACACGAUCGCUCCCAUGGCUGGAUCCAGAAUGACAGAAACCGUACUGCCACCUGAUUUAGUGGAGGCACUGAAGCCAGAAUACGUGUCUCCUCUUGUUCUGUAUCUGUGUCACGAAUCUUGCGAAGAAAAUGGGUCAUUAUUUGAACUUGGAGCAGGAUGGAUAGGAAAAUUGAGAUGGGAAAGAACAAAGGGGAGUGUUUGUCGAGAGCCAGGGAAGAAGAUGACCCCGGAGGAUGUUCGUGACAACUGGGACAAAAUCACAGACUUCAGGAACUCCACCCAUCCCACUAGUACUACAGAGUCCUCGGCCGAAAUGUUCAACAUUCUGAAGGAUUUGGAGAACCAGAAACCAUCACGAUCUUCUCCUUCCUCUGGCGGCAUGGACAUAGAAGCGGCAAAAGCUCAUCAAGCCCCGCCCACUGAGUUCAGUUACACAGAGAGGGACGUCAUUCUAUACGCAUUGGGAAUUGGCUCUUCCACCAAGGAGGAGGACUAUUUGAAGUUCCUGUUUGAGGGGGCGGGCGACUUCUGUGUCAUUCCAAGCUUCGCUGUCAUUCCUGCAUUUAGUUCACAGACAGGGAUGAUGGUUGGCGGAAUGCCAGGAUUCCAGAUUGAUUUGACAAAGGUGCUUCAUGGGGAGCAGUACACCGAGUUGUACAAACCCCUGCCCCCCAGGGCCACCCUCACCUCCAGGAGUCGCGUAGUGGACAUUCUGGACAAGGGCUCGGGGGCUGUCCUCAUUGUCAAUGUUGAAACAUUUGACGAGAAAAAUGAAAAGGUUGCCUUUAACCAAUUCAGUACCUUUGUGGUGGGGGCGGGGAAGUUUGGGGGAAAGAGGAACUCUGAUGAAGCCAAACCAACAGCUAGUCCCCCAAAACGACCCCCCGAUGCCAGCAUCAGUGAAAAGACUGGCAUUGAUCAGGCAGCUCUUUACAGACUGAGCGGGGACAGAAAUCCGCUGCACAUUGACCCAAGCUUUGCUGCAAUGGGAGGUUUCUCUCAGCCCAUUCUACAUGGACUGUGUAGCUUUGGCUAUGCCACCAGGCAUGUUCUACGCCAGUACUGCAACAAUAAUGUGUCUAAAUUUAAGGCUAUCAAGGUGAGGUUCUCCAAGCCUGUGUUACCUGGACAGACCAUACAGACAGACAUGUGGAAGGAGGGGAGUCGGGUCUUCUUCCAGUGCAAGGUUGUAGAAAAUGGCAGUAUCAGUUUGUCCGGUUCUUACAUCGAUCUCCAUGAAGGAGGGGCACCCACAAAGUCACCAUCCUCAGGAAGUCUUCAGACUGACGCUCUGUUCAAUGACAUGGCACAGCGUGCCUCAUCCCAGCCAGAACUAGCCAAGAAAAUCAACGCCAUCUUCCUGUUCGAGAUCACAAAAGACAAGAAAAUAGCAGCUAAAUGGACGGCUGACAUGAAGACUGGAGGAGGGGUGUAUAAAGGGGAACCCAAACAGGGCAAGGCGGACUGUACACUGACCAUUGACGACGGGGCCAUGAUGGACAUGGCGGCAGGAAAGCUCGAUGGACAGACGGCUUUUAUGAAAGGAAUCUUGAAGUUAAAGGGAAACAUGAUGUUGGCACAAAAGCUAGGUGAACUUCUAAAACCAGCUCCAGCUGGUUCCACCCAAACCUCAAAGUCAUCAUCUGGUGGCUCUGGUCUGUUGAGUGAUGCUUUGUUUGAGGAUAUGGCCAAGCGGGCAAAAUCUCAACCUAAUGUAGCCAAGAAAAUCAAUGCAGUGUUCCUGUUUGAUAUCACAAAGAAUGGCAAACCUGCUGCAAAAUGGACGGCUGACAUGAAGACAGGAGCAGGAGUGUACAAAGGGGAACCCAAACAGGGCAAGGCCGACUGUACGCUGACCAUUGACGAUAAAAACAUGGUGGACAUGGCAUCAGGAAAAUUGAACGGACAAACGGCUUUCAUGAAAGGCCUUUUGAAACUAAAAGGCAAUAUGAUGCUGGCUCAGAAGCUAGGUUCUCUGUUUGGAGAAACCUCCAAACUCUAGACUUGUGUGACUGAAACCAGUGCUUAAUAAGUGGGACCAUUUUUCCUAAAUCAUGUACUUAACACUGACAAUCAAUUUGUUGCAUUAAAAGAGAAGUAUUGAAUGUGAAUGGGCUAAUGAUCAUGCUUUGGCUGAGUCUGUAUCAGAUACAAACCGGUAUUACAUGUAAUAAUUGAUUAUUUAUGAAUGAAAUCUAAUCUGACUGAUCUGUUAAUGAUUAUGAGGCUGCAUCUGUGAUAACAUUAUAAUUUUUAAAUGAUAUUUCAUCAUGUUAUUGUAUAUUAUGAAGACUUUGAUUUUGAAUAAAUAUUUUGUACCCAUAAUAUUUAGCA